GCUGUUACGUUUGUUAUGUAGGAAACUGUUCUGUGCUGGCUGCUAGUUGACUUUCACCAGCAGAAGUGGUGAAACUUGCGCGAUUGUAACAUUAAUUUUAAACGGCUUCAUGGCUUAAGAAACCUAAGCACACUCGUCGCCACAACCACCAAACACCAAUCUUUAAUCAUGAUGUUCAAUUCGCUCGUUAGAUCUCGUCCUCUUGGCACUUUCUUGGCGCAAUGGCGUCGUCAGACUGUUGAUGCUACUUGUAAGAGAAGAAUGUGUAACAAACCUUUGGAGGGUGUCACAGAAGGGAAGCCCGCCGUACCAGCACAGAAAACAUCACAUCUAGGCUUCAAAGUGCCUGGGUAUCGGCCGUCCGAUUUUGACAAGAAGAUGCUCUUAUGGACAGGCCGCUUCAAGACCAAGGAGCAGAUUCCCGAGAUUGUAUCGUUUGAGAUGCUUGAUGCUGCCAGGAACAAAAUGCGUGUCAAAGUCGCUUACGUGAUGAUGGCUGCAACCAUUGCAGCUUGCUUGGUCAUGGUGUUCCUGGGCAAACGGGGCGUGAAAAACCACGAAUCACUCAUCGCCAUGAACUUGGAGAAGAAGGCUCGCUGGAAGGAGGAGGGCCAGCGGGAGAGGGAUGCGGCAGCAGCGGCCGCGGCAGCAGCUAGCACAGCCGCACUAGUCACUGCAAAAGCCCAGUGAGGGACACGGUGGAGUAAAACCCCACUACCCACAUCCUCACUUCUCUGGAUACCUCACCUCGGGACUCUCUCUUGUGCCCCCUGUCUGUAACUUGUAGGUAGUGCAGCCCUGCCUCAGGACCAGAGUAGGUACCAAGUCCAGUUCUGUUUAGGGCUUCACGCGAUUGGAUCUCUGUGGGUUCCAACAUGUACAUCUUUCUGCUAGAGGCAAGACUUUAGUGCUGAGUGCAUAGAAAUAUAAUUGAGUGGUAAUAUUUAACUGCCAGAUGUGUAGAAAUUCAGUUUGUUCUCCAAGAUAUUCCUCUGCCAAAAUUACUCAUCAUGCUGCUGUUUUAAAAGGGAUGUAUUAAAUAAGGAAGUGACCUGCCCCUAAUAUGACUACUGUCUGCUUUGUAGGACCCAGUGGUACCACCUGAAGACAUGUCCUUCCUACAAGCUGUUAGAUAUUGCAUUUCACACAUCAGCUGGUUGAGGAUGAUGGUGGCACGGUAUAAUUUCUGGUUAUAUUGCUGAUACUGACUAAGAGCUGGGAAAAGUGUUUGUCAUUGCUAUAAAUCCUUUAAGAGCACUAGCUGCCCUUCUUUUCAAUGUGUUUGCAAACACUGCCAUUAAAAUGACAAACUGGGCAA